CAACGAAGACUCACGAAUCAAUGUUUUGAUUUAGCUCUAGGUUAUAAAACUUUGUUUCCGAUAAUAAAAAUGUUUAAAAUAAGUUGUUUAAAUCGAACAAAACACUUUCUCAAACUAAAUUACUCCACAAAAGUUGAAACAGGAAAAUGGCAAAGUGUGGUUGGUCUUGAAGUUCAUGCUCAAAUCACAUCCCAGAGCAAACUGUUCUCAGGAUCAGAAAACUCCUUUUCUAGUCCUGUAAAUACUAAUGUUUCUUUAUUUGAUGGUUCAAUACCUGGUACUUUACCAGUGUUAAACAAAAGAUGUGUUGAAGCUGGUGUACUUACAGCACUUGCACUUAACUGCAACAUCAAUGCAGUUUCAAUGUUUGAUCGCAAGCAUUAUUUCUAUGCAGAUAUGCCUGCAGGUUAUCAAAUAACUCAACAAAGAUCCCCACUAGCAAAUGCAGGAUUUCUAGAAUUUGAGGUUUUUACACCUGGGGUACAUAAACAAUCAUAUAGAAUCAAAACCAACAUAAAACAAGUACAAUUGGAGCAGGACAGUGGUAAAAGUUUGCAUGAAACCGACAGAAGUCUAGUAGAUUUAAACAGAGCUGGUGCACCAUUGAUGGAAAUUGUGUUUGAGCCUGAUUUACAUGAUGGUGAGGAAGCUGCAUCUUUAAUUAAAGAAUUAAUUAAUAUAUUACAAAGAAUAUCAACAUGUUCUUGCAAAAUGGAAGAGGGUGCACUUAGAGUUGAUGCAAAUGUGUCUGUAAACAAACCUGGUGAACCAUUCGGUACACGCACUGAAAUUAAAAAUAUUGCGUCAGUUCGAGGCGUUGCAGGUGCAAUUAAGCACGAAAUCGCACGCCAAAUUAAAGUUUUGGAAUCUGGCGGGCGUAUUACGAAUGAAACACGCGCAUGGGACGCUCUUAGUCGGACAACAGUUGCCAUGAGAGACAAAGAAGUUGAACAAGAUUACAGAUAUAUGCCAGAACCAAAUUUGCCACCUUUACAUUUAUCAAUUGGGCCGCACGGCAGAGGAAGCGUCGAUGUAAAUAAAUUAAAGGAAUCAUUACCUGAAUUGCCAGAACAAACACGGUGCAGACUCAGAGAAGAUUUUAGUUUGUCACUUGAACAUGCCAUCAUAUUAGUUAAUGAAUCAAAUUUAUUACAACUAUUUGAAAACUCUGUGAAAACAAGCAAGAACUACAAAUUAAUCACAAAUCUGUUAAUUAAUGACUUGUUGACGCUCGUUAACAAGGAAAAAAUUGAACUUGAUGACUUGAAAAUAAAUGGUAAUGUAAUUGGUGACUUAGCAACACUGAUCGACGAUGGAACGAUAAAUCGAACCACAGGAAAGUUACUACUGCAUGAACAACUGUUAGGCAAUAAUGUGCCUGUGAAAAAAAUAAUCGAAGAAAAAGGCUGGGAACAACUAAACGACGACACAAAAAUUAAAACGCUUUGUGAGCAAGUCUUAAAUGAAAAUCCAAAAAUGAUGGAACAGUAUAAAAAGGGGAAGACGAAAGUAUUCAAAGCAAUUAUGGGAAUUAUUUCCACCAAAACACAGCAUCGUGUGAACAUGGCCAAAGUUGAGGAAGCUUUAAAAGCAUUGUUACACAAAUAAAAUUAGCAAUAUACAUUUAUUUCGCAAAUAAUAAAUACAAGAUUAACUUAGUUUUGAUUCACUAAAGUUAAAUGAUAGCAUAUGACAUAAAUAGUUAUGAUUUUAUAAAGAAAUUGUUAGAAUUACUUCCAGUCUUAUCAAUUUUGUUCAAUUUUGAUCAUUUUGUCAUCAUUUACUAAUUUCAGUAGGUUUUGAUUUUGGUUCUCACAGAUGUAUGGAUGUAUUUAGUUGAUUUUAUCACGUCUGCAUCUAGGAGCGACGAAUGCCAGGCUUGAAAAUGCGACAUUUGCGCACCAGCGUUCUGAAGUAUCGCAGACAGUGCCAUGAAGGCACUUGGAUCAUUGCAUUAUAAGGCUGAAAACAAAAAAGAAUAAAAUUAGUUUUUAUUUAUAUUUAGAUGACUAGAUAAAUAUCACUAAUCUAAUCGAGUAAAAUAGUUGAAAUAGCGUUUGUCUUGUUCGGAUUUGGGUUAACGACAAAUUUAUUACGACAAUCGGCGGAACUCUCCACACACGACUUGCAUCCCGAUUGGCUGCGUUCCACAAGCGCUAUAAAAAUAAUUAAAUUUGAUAUAAUCGAGUGCAAUCGACGCCUUCUGCGCGUCGCAUUCAGCUGGUUGGUUUGUUGCACCCAGCGCUAAUAACAUUCGUUUCAUACGCACUCACGCAAGAUGCAACAGCCGCACGGAGUAACAACACACGGAGCAAAGAGCAAAACAAGAUAAUUGGAACUCGCACAUCAUUCACAAUCGUGCUGCAAAUUAGCUUUAUUCGCUUCUACAACUUGUCAACCAUGCAAGUUGAAGUAAAGUUAUUCAAAAACAUUAUUCCGCAUUACUUCUAUUUCAUGCUGGCGUAAUCUAAUAGUAAACAACGUCUUAGAUUCAGUUAAUUAAUUUGUUUGUGUUCCGCAUGUUGUAGGUCCUCAUGGCGUGUCAGGCUGAUCGUCGAUGUACACCCGCAUGACACGAACAUUAAACUUUCAGCUUGUUUCAGCCUGUUUUAGCCGGAACGCUCGAAGACCAACGAGUGAAGUUGGUUGUUGUGGUUGACUUUGUUCCUUGCAGGCGUAAACAUACGAAAUUCGCUGCGGAGUUAUUAACCAAACAGGCCGAUUCACGAUAAGCGCAUAAAAUCGCAAUGCGGAUAUUAUAGUCAUCAAUUUACAUGAUGAGACUUAUUUUUGGUAGCUGAAAAAACUGCACACAACCAGACUGAGUCAGUCUAAAUUGGUUUUCGGCAAUUUUGGUGAGUGUGCAAUCAAGGAUAACGUAAAUUUUGGUGAAUACAAGUCAUGGUCGAAAGAUAUUUUGAUAAUCGCCUUAAAUAAACAAAAAAUAGCUCGAAUUAUGACAAUUUGUAAUUGAAUGGAAUUAAAAUGACCUGCAUAUUCA